AUGGGAACUGCGAUUCUCCGUUCACACGAUUGCCUUCAACGUCGCUUUCUUCCCAACGACGUCCUGUCAGUCCCUUCCUCACCGAUUCCAUCUCGCAAAAACUGUAGCCCUAACCCUAACUCCAACUGCAAAUCCUAUGUCAAUCAGAAUCGUCGCCGGAAACGGAGUCCGGUGGCCACUCCGCCGGCGAAACAAAACGAUCGGAGACAAACCGGAGAUCGUACUGAUGCUCCGGUGAAUCUUGUUAUGGGACAAGUUAAGAUUCUCAAAAGAGGUGAGAAGUUGAGUCCGGAGAUUAAUGAUGGAGGACUCGUUCUGAAGGCCAUGGAUCUGGAUCUCGAUCUGGAUCUCGAUCUGGAUCUGGAUCUGAAUCUGGAUCUGGAUCUGGAUUUAGACAAACGUGAUUUGGUGUUGGGAUCAACGGAUCGGUUUGGACCUGAUCCGGUUGCCAUGCAGAAGCAGAUUAUGAUUUCGGAAUCGAAUUUGAAAGACGGAAUUUAUGCUGGAUCGGCCUUUUUUACUUCACCUCCCCCUAGUUCUGUUCCGGUUCCGUUUUUUUUGAGGAAGAACGGUGUUGCCACCAGUGAUUUGAGGCGGUUGUUACGGCUUGAUUUGGAAUGA